CCAGCCAUUUUGGCUCAAUCGUCCGCUGGUUCUUGCCGGAUCGGGUCAGCUCAGGCACUCCGUCCGAGCAGACGCACCACCACACGAUGUCGGCCGAAGAUGCGGAGAGCGCCGCGAAGAAGAGGAAGGUCGAGGGCGGGGCCGACGCGGAGAUGGAGGAGCCCAAGGAACUCGAGGCCAAUGCCCCGAAAGAGACCAGGAAGCAGAUCACGGACACCGUGUAUGUCGACCCGGCCAACACGACGCUGAACGUAAUCCCCGUGCUCGGCGGCCGCGUGCUGACGCCCCUAACGGACGGCGGCCUCCAGUACUUGGUCGCUGGGGCACGAGCCAACGUGGGCAUCACCAAGGGCCGCUACUUCUUCGAGGUCAAAGUCGCAGAGAACAAGCACCCGGCGGAGCCGCCGCGCGGGAACUGGGGGCCGAAGCCAGCGCAGAUGGUGAAGAUCGGCUUCUCGACGGAGGGUUCGUCGCUGUUCCUCGGAGACGGCGGCGAGAGCGUGUGCUUCGACUCGGAGGGCAACUUCACCGCCGACGGGGCGAAGCAGGACGGCGUCUCGAAGCCGUUCGGGAAGGACGACGUGAUCGGGAUCGUCCUCAAUUUGGACGCCAAGAGCCCGAACGCGAACACCGUCAGCGUCUUCAAGGGUGGGGAGCGCGUCUCCCAGCCUCAGAAGAUCCCGGAUGCGCUCAAGGGCAAGUGCUUAUACCCGCAUGUCAAUUUCAAGAACGUGACCGUCAACGUCAAUUUCGGCCCUGCUCCGAUGGCUCCUUUGCCUUUCACCUGCCAGAUGAUUUCGCAAGCGGCAGUGGUGGACAGCAAGGUGCAGAAGAUACCAACCAAAGCUGGUGGCCCGUACGAAGUCUUGUUGCCAGUGGGUAUCCCAGAUGAGGGUAGCUUUGAUUGGUUGGACUCUUUCCUGGAAAAGAAUCCCAAAUACGUCGAACUCAGCGACCGAAAAAUCAUUGAGUGGGCAGAGAAGAGCGGCGUUUGGAGGGACAAGCGCGUAAGCUACAAGCACAGCAACGACAAGCCAGAUAUGAAUUUCGGAGUCCAGUGGCUCGACGAUCUGAGCGUGCAGAGGGUGAUCAAGUCCAUCGCGGCAUUGCAGCCGCGGGACUACGUCGUGAUGGAGGUGAAGGCAAACUUGGUAAAAGAAGAACGGGCCGCAUGUCUCAAGCGCUUCUUUGCCCAGCACUACAAAAAGGUGGCAGUGGUGGUGAUGGGGGACCCGCCAGCAGACUUCAAGGCGAAGACGCAGGCAGCAUUGCUUCAGGAGAAGCAGGCGCAGGCGGAGGCGGCGUGGAAGCUGAGGGUGGAGGCCCUCGCCAGGAAGAAGGAGCUGAAAGCGAAGAUAAAGGCAGCUGAGGAGGCCCGGAAGAAGGCAGAGGAAGAGGCGAAGAAGCAGGCAGAGGAGGCGAAGAAGCAGGCAGAGGAUGAGGCCAAAGCAAAAGAGGAGGCUGAACCCGCAAAGAAGGACGAGGAGAGCGCGAAGGAGGAGCCCAAGGAUGCGGAGAUGAAGCAGGAGGAGGAGGUCAAGGCGGAAGUCAAAGAGGAGGAGGUCAAGGAGGAGGUCAAGGAGGAGGUCAAGGAGGAGAGCAAGGAAGAGGAAGAGGAAGAGGAGGAGAAGGAGCCACCAAAAGUUGAGUUGACUGCCGAAGAGAAGGCUUCGAAUUUCGUCAAGAAAUCAACGCCUGACAUCGCAACGUUCAUUCUCAGCUCGAACUUCGUAAAGUUCUCCCUGCCAGCCAAGGAGGAGGGAUUCGACGAGGUCCGCUACGAUUGGCAAGGCGAGAAGGAUAGCGCAGACGCCUUCGGCGCCUGGGUUCGCAAGCAGAAGCUGAUGUGCCGCAUCGAGGACAUCCAGCCUGGAGAGAAGUUCAAGGCCAAGCUCGACGAGUGGCAGACUGCACUGCAGGGCUGGCACGCGAAGGUGAACGAAUGGAAGGCAGGGGAGCCCGCGAGGCAGGCCGACGCGCUGGCGAAGAAGCGCAAGGAGGAGCUGAAAGCGGCGGAGGAGGCAAAGAAGGCCGAGGGCGACGCCGCGGCAGCCGAGAAGCCGGACGGCGCGGAGGGAGGCGGCGAGGACAAAGCGAAGGGCGGUGAGGCCAAAGAAGGCGAUUCUAAGGAGGGCGAGGCUAAGGAAGCUGAGAGCGAAGCAAAGGAGAGUGAGGCGAAGGAGGGCGAUGCCAAGGAUGAUGAGGCCAAGAAGCAGGAGGAGGAGGCUACCAAAGAGGAGCCGAAGGAGAUCGUGGAUGUAUUCGCUGUGGAGAACAUCACCGACGUCGGUGGUGGGAAGCCCUUGUUCUCUGAGUUCGGUUUUGAGGACUGGGCUCUGUUGAGCUUGCGGGUGGAUCUGUACCUGUUGCUGCAGGGCUUCAAGACCGACGCCACCAGCGCGGACCCGGAGCGGAUCGGCAUCCACGAGCAGCACCUCCCAUUCUACUACAACAAGUACCUCAGAAAGACCUUCAACGUCCGGUACUACGGCAAGGAGACCAACAAGGACCUGCUGGAGCUGGUGAAGGACACCGUCGCCGUCAGCGCGGCCAACUCCGUCCUGGAGGCCCAGCUUGCGAGCGAGCCCGAGAACUUCGACAUGUUCGUGAAGCUCACGGAGGACGCCCGCAGGGAGCGCCAGCGCCGCCUGGACGCCGGGGACGAGACCGCUCGCCUGAAGUUCAGCCAGCCGGAGCAGGAGCGCGGCUACAAGGGCGGCCAGCGGCACUGGGACGGCGGCAACAGGGGGGACAGCAAGGGCUACAGCAAGGGCAAGGGCAAGAAGGGGGACAGCAAGGGCUACCAGCCCUACAACGCCGGGGGCAAGGGCGGCGGGUAUAACGCUCCGCCCGCCGGCGGCAAGGGCUACACGCCGCAGCCGGGGGGCUACCAGCAGCAGGGCCACCGGCAGCAGGGGUCGUACCAGCAGCAGGGGUCGUACCAGCAGCAGGGCUACCGGCGCUACUAGGGCCGCAACCACAGCGUUGCUGGCGGCAAGACUUCGGAUCCGGAGCGGGUGCCUUUUGUGCCGUCAUCGCUUGACCUCUGACUCGUGGAGCUUGAUGCUGUGAAUUGUUCGCCGUCA